CAAAACAUGUCCACCGAUGUAGUGACGCAACUCACCAUGGAUUUCCCUGAGCUGGCUAACUUAUCACGACAGGAUCUGGAAGAUAUCCUCAAUGAUCCAAACUACUUUCAGGCGGUGUUUCACUCAUUACCAAGAGUCAAGGCUAUGUACGAUGCUCAAGCUGAACUUGGAAAUGCGAAUGAAUCUAUUGCUAACAACAACCUGGCUUUACAGGAAAAGUUGUAUCGGCUUCGCUCGGAAACACAGGAUGUUUUCAACGAGGCAAAGAGCCUAGAAGCCAAAUGGAAGGAUUUAGAGAAAGAACAACACGACGUAUACCAGAGAUUUACUCCUCAAUUCCUCCUCAUGCGCCUUCGUCAUAGCGUUACCGCUCAAGAUGACGCUUCUGAACGUUUGGCUACCGCCUUCAUACAACACCAGUCUCUAGGAUUUCCAGAGAGCCAAUCGGGAGUAGCAACACCUAGUGGGAAGGAGACCGAUAACUUUAUCAAGCAAUUCAAGGAGGCAAGGAAGAUUUAUCAUAAGAGAGUGAUCUGGUCAGAUAGAUGGUCCAAGGAUCAAGUCGAGUGGAGAGAAGACUGACAGCAUUUCCUUGGAAUCCUCGCUAGUAGGCCUAUUGUAAUGUGGUUACAGCCUGUAUUCUAAUCUUCGACAUCGGUAUACUCUGCAGACGUCAAGAACACACCUGCACAU